AUGGCAAAUUCCACCAUGGUAACAGAAUUUCUCCUCCUGGGCUCUCCUGAUGGCUGGAAACUGAGUUUCCUCUAUUUCAUGGUAUUGCUACUGACAUAUCUGAGUACCUUGUUAGGAAACCUGCUCAUCAUCAUUGUCACGUCAGCUGAUCAGAACCUGCACACACCCAUGUACUUCUUCCUCAGGAACCUGUCCAUCUUGGACAUGUGCUUCAUUUCCAUCACUGUUCCCAAUGCCUGUGUCAAUUCUCUCACUGGCAACAGGGCCAUUUCAGUGGCUGGUUGUGCAACCCAGAUCUUCUUGGUCAUUUUUUGUGCAUGUGUUGAACUUCUUUUUCUCUCCAUCAUGGCCUGGGACCGCUAUGUGGCCAUCUGCCAGCCCCUCCAGUACCUUCUCAUUAUGAACCCUCAGUUUUGUGUCCGCAUGACCCUGGCUUCCCUACUCAGUGGCCUGGUGUAUGCAGGUGUGCACACUGGGAACACAUUCCAACUGUCCUUCUGCCAGUCAAACCUGGUCCAUCAGUUCUUCUGUGAUGUCCCCUCUCUGCUGAGACUCUCCUGCUCUGACACCACCAUUAACAAGGUCCUCAUUCUUGUGUCUGCUGUGGUGCUCUGUGGUGGUGUCUUCAUUUUUAUUGCCAUGUCAUAUAUUUGCAUAUUUUCUACUGUGCUGAAAUCUCCCAACAGAGCCCCAGGGAAGGCCUUCUCCACCUGCACCCCUCACAUUCUUGUGGUGUCCGUCUUCCUCAGUUCCGUUACAGGUGUGUACCUGAGACCUUCAGCAAACUCUGAUACACUCCAGGACUUGAUUCUCUCUGCCUUUUACACCAUGGUUCCUCCUUUCUUGAAUCCUCUCAUCUACAGUCUCAGGAACAAACAAGUAAAGGAAGCUGUGAGGAAAAUCAUGGGAAGACAGUUUCUUUCAGAGAAAUGA